UGAGACAAAGUGACUUGUGAUUUUAUAUUCAUACUCUUCCCAAGAAUUUUUGAUUGAAUAAAGUAUAUUACAGGUGCUUGGUGGAGAUACCGAUGAAAGACUGCUCAAUGAUUUUUUCCCUUUUGUUGAGCGAUUAGGCGUUGGUGAUGUAAAUACCAAUCGCUGCGAUAUCCCACAAAUGUCGAAAAAGGAAAAAUCAGAAACAAAAUGUGGAAUCAAGAGACCCCGCCGCGCUUGCAACAUAGCAAAUCUCGCAACUAUUUCGCCUUUUCUUGUUCCGCUAAUUUCUCAUCAGCUUCCAUGUAAAGAACUUCCCGUUAAACAGGAGAUAUCAGAACAAGAACGCACCGCUGUGGUGCCUCCUAUUCAAAAUAUUACCCCACCGAUUCUUCGCAACAACGUUGUUGACAAGGUAGAAGAAGUCGAGUGCUGCAGAGGUAUACGCUAA